AUGAAUUAUUUAGAUGAUUCAUCUAUUGGAAAUUUUUAUCAAUUUCCUAGUUGGUCAACAUCCAUAACUCGAUCACAUACAAGUUUACCAAAUAAAUCUAGUAAUCAUAUGUUUAAAUUACGUAUUGAUAAUCGAAAUCAAAUUGAAAAUUUAUCAAAAAAAUCUCUCCAUCGACAUAAUACUAUAAUUUCAAGAGAUUCACGUAGUUUUUCACCUCCACCACUUUAUCAACCAACUCCAACACCGGAUAUUUGUUCAAUAAUUGAUCAAUCAUCAUUCAAUUCAUCGAAUCAUCCACCUGGUCAUUUAAAACCUAUUCGAGUAAAAUCAGCUUCAUUAGCAGUUCCAAUAAAUAUAAAUUCCGAAGAAAUUUUAUUAAAAAAUUUUCCAAAACAAACACAUGAAAGACGUAAACUAAUGCAAGAUAGAAUACGACAAAAACAACAAACAUUAAAACAUGCUCAAGCUGAUUCCGAUACUUGGUUUCAAUUGAGAGAAUCAUUAGUUGAAUUAAAACGUCUUGCAACAAAUGAACAAGUUCUUGUAGAUCCAACGACAUCAAUUUUUAAUUGUGAUGGAUUUUCUUUUGAAGCUCUUAAACAAGUUGUUAAUCGACAAUCUGAAGAUAUGAAAAUCAAUAAAUUCAAACAUGCAUCAGGUUGGUAA